CUUUGCCUCGCCUUGAAGUCUACUUGAGGCACAGUCCAAUCCCCAUCCCACUCAUGUUCUCAUGGGCUAAGCAUGCUGCAACUAUUGGCUUGAAGCCGACGCCGCCCUCAUCCUUGAUAUAUGCACGAUCGAGCCUUCGUUAUGCCUCCACGCACCCACAUCGCUUGGAGACCCCAGAUUAUGAUUAUAGUGCUGCAAGAGACUGGUACAAGAACACAUACCGCCCUGAGCUCCUGAAUAAACUCGGAGAAUUCCGGUAUAGCCGAUCGAGUGGACCUGGCGGCCAGAAUGUCAACAAAGUAGAAUCAAAGGCACAAUUGCGUGUUCCAAUAGACCGCCUGCUCGCCAUCGUCCCCGAAGUCAUGCACAAACCACUCAGAGCCUCUCGUUAUUUUGCCGAAAACUCCUCCAGUAUCGUCAUCCAAGCAGAUGACAGUAGAAAACGUGAAACCAAUAAAGACACAUGCAUUCGAAAGCUCAACGAUCUAAUCAUCGAUGUGUACAAGCAGUCAGUGCCAGGCGAGACUAGCGAAAGUCAAAAGCAGCGAGUCAAGGAUCUUCAAACAAGGGAAAAUGAAGCACGAUUAAAGUCUAAGAAGCAGCACUCAAGUAAGAAGCAGUCACGAGCUUCAGGUGGUUUCGAUUGACAGACCAUUGUGACUGUAAGCAUUUGAAACUAUUGCAACGAUUUGAGAACCGAGUCCAUCACGAUUCUGAUGCUUUCGUCCAUCUCCGGCUCAUCCUUCUUCAAAUUUUCGAGCCAUGUUCUGAUGUUGAGAUCGAGUUUCCUGCUAGAAGGGUUGCCCCUAGCCUCUCUCAAGCGUGUUAUGGACUGUCGAAGCGCCACUGGGAAUUCAGGGUCGGAUUUGUCCAGAGCAACAACUGGUGCUCGAAUACGACACGCUUGACCCUGCCAGCUCUGUGGAAAUUCCCCGGCCAGUUUUUCUUCAAUAUGGGCGGCGACGAUGCGGGAAGUAGGUGUCUGAUCAUAAUCUGAAACCAUCUCAAAGAAAUCAAGUGCGAGAUCAGGAUCUUGGAACUGAGUCAUAGCAGAGUCGAAAAUUGCCAUGGGGAUAGCCCCAGACUUGACGGGAGUUUGUUCCAGAGUUUUCAGAGCAGCUGUGUCGAUCUGAUGUCGGUCUGCUUGCGGGACAAUGUCUGUAUCUGUGACUGUGGGGGCAAUGGCAGUGUCCAGUGGCUGCGUGUCCUUGUGAUUUUCCUGGUCGGUGAUUCCCAACAUUUCCC